CACUGCCGACAAAAUGGUGCUGAACGGGAGUCUGGUUUUGCGAUUUUUCCUACUUAUAUGUACAAUCACUGGUCUUUCAGCCGCACCAUACAACAGUCAAUCAUUAGGCAUUCUCUCAGAAUUCAUAUCAAAAGACGCCAACAGUCCUCUGAUCGUGGUAGUGGAUGCUGCUAACAAUAUCAAGGCUUUAGACUUGGAUUCUCAAAGUCAAUCGAAGUCUGAUCAUAGCAAUCACAACCACCCCUGGCAUGGUGACCAUGGACAUGACAAUGAUAGAGAUAUGGCUAAAGAUGCUAUUGAUGCUGUCUAUGAUAUUUUAAGGUCCAAUCAAGCUUUGCUAGAAAACCAGAUAAACAGAGGAUCUGAUCGGCAAAUUGGGGUAGCUGAGCAGUGCUCCAACUCCCAAGAAAACAGUUGCUCCAAGGAUGGCGACGGCGACGGCGGAAAAUGUUAAUAUGUACUUAAAAUAAUAACAUAAACAUUGUCUACUUUUGUCGUAGGAAUCAUCAAUAAACUGAAUUUGAAAAACAUACUGUAAAUUGUUGAAUAAAUUUCAGUGAAUCAGUA